AAGCGCAUUAAUCAUCACCAUUGUGUGGAAUUAGUCGCAAGUUAUACAGACCCUAAGUACUUUGGCCUUCUUCUAUCCCCGGUCGCUGAGUAUAACCUAAGGGCAUUCUACAACGCUGUUGUCGACAAUGAGCCAAACCAAAAGUUGCUUCGAAGUUUCUUUGGUUGCUUGGCACACGCUUUGCGAUAUCUUUACCAGAGCAAAAUACGUCAUCGAGAUAUCAAACCAGAGAACAUACUUAUUAAGGGCUCCACGGCAUACCUUGCCGAUUUCGGAAUUUCGCUGGACUGGGAGAACCUAUCUCGAAGCACUACCAGGGAGGAUUUCGCCAAGUCAUGGAUCUACUGCGCGCCAGAGGUUGCACACUACGAAGAACGGAACUCGUCCGCAGAUAUCUGGCCCUUGGGGGGUGUCUUCCUAGAGAUGUUGACU